UAAUGAAUUGGAGGUCACUUCCACAAUGGGGAAAUUGAACGUUCCCAUUCUCUCUGCAGUGUGCACAGCAGAUGGCCAGUUCAUUGUAGCAAUCACCAGGAACCUGACCCGUCCUACCCUCAACCUGUCAUCUCUGUACGUGAAGGAUGGACAUGAAGCUGAGUGCAGGCCGAAGCUCAUCACAGCGGAACUUGUAGCCUUCCGUUUCCCAAUUACCUCUUGCGGCUCGACCCAGCGGGAGGAGAAUGGGAGCUUUGUGUAUGAAACGGAUGUCUUGGGGAAGAGGAUGAUUCAGACGGGGCCACUGGGCUCAAUAACCCGGGACAGCACCUUCAGGUGA